CCUUAAAGAGACCGAGAACGUCUUCAACCGUUGAAAGUGGGUCAACAAUGUAGAAGAGUUGCUGGGUUAGCGGUGUCUGACCGACACACACACUGCGGUUUCCUUCGGAAUGCCUCAAUUACCUCACUGUCAAGUUCACUACCGAUACGAGUGGUAUCUUAAAAGUCUCCCUUAAAAGUUUUUACAAAAAAUUCAUUUUAAAUUUGUUAAUAUUUAAACGUUUUGUGACAUAAGUGAAAGUGUUUUGUUACUUUAUUAAUGAAUUAAAUUAAUUGGACGAAAUGAGUGCUUUAACAGCCCCUUUAGUCGGUUUGGGAGCCGCGGCUGCUUCAAAUAUGGGAGUUUUCCUUCCAGCUUUAGUCGCAGCUAUUGCUUAUUUCCAAUACGAUAUGAUGGACCCAGAAUCAAGACCGAUUGAUACCGACACGGAUUCAAUGGAAAGUGUUUAUGAUUUUAUUGUGAUUGGGGCGGGAUCAGCAGGUGCCGUUGUUGCAAAUCGAUUAACAGAGCAAGAGAAUUGGAACGUUUUGCUUUUAGAAGCUGGAGGAGAUGAAACUGAAAUUUCAGAUGUCCCAAUAAUGGCAGCUUAUUUACAAUUAUCCCAAUUAGAUUGGAAAUAUAAAAGUGAACCUCAAGGAAAUGCAUGUUUAG